AUGGCAAACCCCAAAACCCCCCUCCUCCUCCUCCUUCUCUCACAACUAGUCUUGAUGAUGGGCGGUGCGCAUGCUGCAGUUCUAACCUACAGCGUGAGCAGCUUAGGAGCCAUAGCAGAUGGCAAGACUGACUCAACCAAGGCCUUCCUCUCUGCCUGGUCCAAAGCUUGUGCGUCCGUGCAGCCCGCUGUGAUUUAUGUCCCCGCUGGGAGGUUCCUGCUUCGAAAUGCUGCCUUCAGCGGGCCUUGCAAGAACAACGCCAUCACCUUCCGCAUUGACGGCACCCUCGUGGCCCCCUCCGACUACCGCGUCAUUGGAAACGAGCCUAACUGGAUCUUGUUUGAGCAUGUGAAUGGGGGUCACCAUUUCUGGAGGACUUCUCGACGGACAGGGCACUGGCUUGUGGGCUUGCAAGGCCUCAACCAAGAGUUGCCCCAGCGGAGCAACCGUAAGUAG